AUGGAAAUACACUGUAAGCACGACCCGUUUGCAUCCAUGCAUAGACAUGGAGGAGUGAAUCAGCUUGGGGGGGUUUUUGUGAAUGGACGGCCACUCCCGGAUGUAGUCCGCCAAAGGAUAGUGGAACUUGCUCAUCAAGGUGUCAGACCCUGCGACAUCUCCAGGCAGCUUCGAGUCAGCCAUGGUUGUGUCAGCAAAAUCCUUGGCAGGUAUUAUGAGACGGGGAGCAUCAAGCCUGGGGUAAUUGGAGGAUCCAAACCAAAGGUUGCCACACCCAAAGUGGUGGAAAAAAUCGCUGAGUAUAAACGCCAAAAUCCCACCAUGUUUGCCUGGGAGAUCAGGGACCGGCUGCUGGCGGAACGGGUGUGUGACAAUGACACGGUGCCCAGCGUCAGUUCCAUCAACAGGAUCAUCCGGACAAAAGUACAGCAGCCACCCAACCAGCCGGUCCCAGCUUCCAGUCACAGCAUAGUGUCCACCGGCUCCGUGACGCAGGUGUCCUCGGUGAGCACGGACUCAGCCGGCUCCUCCUACUCCAUCAGCGGCAUCCUGGGCAUCACAUCCCCCAGCGCCGACACCAACAAGCGCAAGAGAGAUGAAGGUAUUCAGGAGUCUCCUGUGCCGAACGGUCACUCACUGACGGGCAGAGAUUUCCUCCGGAAGCAGAUGCGGGGAGACCUGUUCACGCAGCAGCAGCUGGAGGUGCUGGACCGCGUGUUUGAGAGGCAGCACUACUCGGACAUCUUCACCACCGCAGAGCCCAUCAAGCCCGAGCAGACCGCCGAUUAUUCCACCAUGGCCUCGCUGGCUGGAGGGCUGGACGACAUGAAGGCCAACCUGACCAGCCCUACCCCUGCCGACAUCGGGAGCAGCGUGCCGGGGCCGCAGUCCUACCCCCUUGUGACAGGCCGCGACUUGGCGAGCACGACCCUCCCCGGGUACCCUCCGCAUGUCCCCCCCGCCGGACAGGGCAGCUACUCAGCGCCGACACUGACAGGGAUGGUGCCUGGGAGUGAGUUUUCUGGGAGCCCCUACAGCCACCCUCAGUAUCCCUCGUACAACGACUCCUGGAGGUUCCCCAACCCGGGGCUGCUCGGCUCCCCGUACUAUUACAGCGCCGCUGCCCGAGGAGCUGCCCCGCCCGCAGCUGCCACGGCCUACGACCGUCACUGA